UCUCUCUGCACUCGUAGCGAGAUCUGGUACAUGGAGGAAGAGUGUUCGCCGAAGAUACUGGACCACUCGCUCGGCAGUGAUGGAGCAAGUCCCUUCACCAACACUAGCACAAGCAGUCACGAAGACUCGAGCUGCGGAGAGCUGUCGCCGGAGAAGCCGCUGUGGGGCACUGCACCCGUGAGCGAUGCCAGCGCCGAGUCCCCGCUGGGCUCCGAAAAACACCCCUCCACUCCGAUCGCUCGUCUCAUGGAGCGUACCGGCUACAGCAUCGUCCAGCAGAAUGGCCAACGACGCUACGGACCUCCACCGGACUGGGAGGGAGAGGCGCCGUCGCGCGGGUGCGAGGUGUUCGUGGGAAAGAUCCCACGAGACUGCUUCGAGGACGAGCUCGUGCCAGUCUUCGACAAGAUGGGCAAGAUCUACGAGCUCCGGCUCAUGAUGGACUAUUCGGGCCUCAACAGAGGUUACGCGUUCGUCGUGUACGGGGACGUUUCGUCGGCGAAGGAGAGCGUACGGCAGCUGAACAACUAUGAGAUUAGGAAGGGACGGACUCUGGGUGUUUGUAUGAGUGUGGAUAACUGCCGUCUGUUCGUUGGUGGCAUUCCUAAGAAGGUGACCAAAGAAGACAUCAUACUGGAGGUGCAGAAGGUGACUGAGGGUGUGGUGGAUGUGAUUGUCUAUCCCUCAGCAGCUGACAAAACCAAAAACAGAGGGUUUGCGUUUGUGGAGUACGACAGUCACAGAGCAGCGGCAAUGGCGCGGAGGAAGCUCAUGAAUGGCCGAGUGUUCCUCUGGGGGCAUCAGCUGGCCGUGGACUGGGCGGAGCCUGAGCUGGAGGUGGACGAGGAGAUCAUGGCACAGGUGAAGGUGCUGUACAUCAGGAACUUGAUGCUGAGUACCGCAGAGAGCACCAUAGAAGAGGUCUUCUCCCGCCAUGCUCCCGUUGAGAGAGUCAAGAAAAUCAGGGACUACGCGUUUGUUCAUUUUCACGCCAAGGAAGACGCUCACAAGGCCAUGAAUGCACUCAAUGGGACGCUACUGGAUGGGGCUGAGAUUGAAGUCAUGUUGGCCAAGCCGGUCAACAAAGACACCUAUCCCCGGACUCCCAAGUUCAACCGCAUGGCCACACUCCCUGCAGUCAGCUUCAUCCCAGUGGACAACUAUGGCACCGUCCUCCCCACCUUCUACCCCACCUCCUACCCCAUCCCUCCCAAGUUCAUGGUGAGAAACAGUAUGGGAACAUGUACAAUGGUGAGGAUGAUGUGCGGGAACAGAGGUCCAGGGAGAGGUGGGCGGAGUUUCCUCCAACUCCAGCCGGUCCAGCCCAACCAGAGACUCGUCAUGCCCUCUCCCUACUAUCCGACCACUCCACAGGGUUGUUUUGAGGCCAAGCAGUCUGAGGACCCUCUGCCAGGACCAGCUGGCUAUGCCGAGCUGCAGACUCCUCCUCCCACUGCAGUGGCUGCCGUCACACAGGGCAUCAUUGUACCCAAGACACCCAAGAGCGCUUUCCAGUUCCUGGAGGAGGUUUGUGUGAAAAAUUCCUGGCAGCUCCCACUGUACACCCUGCACACUGGUGACACCAGACUCUUUGUCUACAAGGUGACACUUCCAAACCUUGGAGUGUCGUACAUGCCUAGGAAACUGAGCAGGACUAUGGACGAGGCCAGGUCAGCU